CAGCCGCUACUUCUUUCUUCUUCUACUUCUUCAGAAUUUUUUCCACCACUUUUCCCUUCUCUGUUUCCACUUUUCCAGACACGUUGUCUUCAACCUAACGUGAAACAAACAAAACCAGCCGCACAGAGAAUUGAUGGAGUGAGGGGUAACAUGGGAAGAUGAAAGAUAUAUAUGCCACACACUUUCAAUUUCUUCAAAAUUGAUUUUAGUUAGCUUCAUCCAGACUCGAGUUUGGAGAGUAAAAUCACUUCUCUGCCACUUUGCCAAACAUCCUAUGAAAAAGGAAAAUCACGUUUGGAAGGCUGGGACGUGCGUUUCCAUUGUCUCAACGUGCAACCAAAUUUCAAUGAAGAAUCUCUCAAAACAACAAUGAUUCAAUUCCAAAGAACCUUCUUCUUCUCUAACACCACUUCUUCUCGCUCUCUUCGCCACUUCAUGUUUCAACUCAGGUCGUUACACAAUCCGUUAAUCUCACCGCACUUACCGUCACUCGUGAAUUUAACUACCAACGCCGUUCAACACCGUAACCGUUUCUCGUUUCGCUCUGUCGGUGUAACAACUAACUUCAAUACUUUGAAGUAUGUUACGUCGGUUAGCGGUUUCAGUUUACCGUUUUGGGAAAAUGGCGUUGGAAGGAGUUUGCGGUUUUCGUCUACUGCACCGGAGAAGAAGAGUAAACGGAAGAAAACGGUAAAAGCUGUUGCGGUUGGUGGUAAGGAUAAUAAGGAUUUUAGUUCUAGUGAAUCUGUGGAUAAAAAUGUUAAAAAUGUGGAGGUAGAGAAAAAUGGUUUAAGUGAAGUGAGUAAGAGUGAUAAAAAGGAUUCCAAAAUUAAUGGUGUUAAGAAGACGACGAAGAAGAAGCCUCCGAGUAAAAAGAAAGAUGUUAAGAUUUCUGCUGCAACUGAUUCAGCUGAUUCGUCGAAAGCUGUUGGUGAAGAAGUUUCUAAAAAACCACCUUCCAAAGGGAAGAAGAAGAAGACUAAUGUAAAGGAGAGUUCGGCCGAUAGCACUUUAAAAGAAACACACGAUGGUUCUGCUUCUACAAGGUCAAAGAAAAAGGACGUAAACUCUAGCCAGGUUGAUCUGGAGAAGCCGCUAGGAAAUUUUACGGGAAAACCACUGUAUCCACCAACAGGAAAGUCUGUGAUGGUCGUGGAGUCUGCUACGAAGGCAAAGGUUAUUCAGAGAUACCUUGGUGAUAUGUAUGAAGUAUUGCCAAGCUAUGGUCAUGUAAGAGACUUAGCUGCAAGGUCUGGAUCCGUGCGGCCCGACGAUGAUUUUAGUAUGGUGUGGGAAGUUCCAUCAUCUGCCUGGACUCAGCUGAAGAGCAUCAAUUUUGCAUUGAGCGGAGCAGAAAAUCUUAUUAUUGCAUCAGAUCCUGAUCGUGAGGGAGAGGCUAUCGCUUGGCACAUAAUUGAGAUGUUACACCAACAAGGAGCUCUGCACGAUAAUGUUUUUCUGGCUAGAGUUGUCUUUCAUGAAAUAACCGAGCAAUCUAUAAAAACUGCUUUGCAAGCACCACGAGAGAUUGAUGUGAAUUUGGUUCAUGCUUACCUUGCACGGAGGGCCCUCGAUUAUUUGAUUGGGUUUAAUAUUUCACCAUUACUAUGGAGGAAGUUACCAGGUUGCCAAUCAGCAGGAAGAGUUCAAUCUGCUGCACUUUCUCUUAUAUGUGAUAGAGAAAUGGAUAUUGAUCAAUUUAAACCCAAGGAGUAUUGGACUAUGAAGGCCAAGUUUAAUGGGAAAGAGCGGAGAUCAAACAAGGACGUAACAUUUGAUGCUCGCUUGACCCAUUUUGAUUCUAACAAGUUGACUCAAUUUUCAAUUACUUCUGAUGGGGAGGCAAGGGAUAUUGAGGGCAAGGUAAACUCUGCAGAGUUUCAGGUUAUUAGCAUGAAAAAAAACAAAGUUCGAAGAAAUCCUCCAACACCUUAUAUAACAUCAACACUUCAGCAAGAUGCUGGAAAUAAAUUGAACCUCUCAGCAAGUCAGACAAUGAAGAUUGCUCAGAAACUCUACGAGGGAGUUGAACUGUCUAAUGGUGUAGCAGUGGGUUUGAUAACAUACAUGAGAACUGAUGGAUUCCAUAUUUCUGAUGAAGCUGUUGCCAAUAUUCGCUCCCUGAUAAUUGAAAGGUACGGACAAACUUUUGUUGCACAAAGUCCACCAAAGUAUUUUAAAAAGGUGAAAAAUGCACAAGAAGCCCAUGAAGCCAUUAGACCAACUGACAUACGUCAUUUACCAUCAAUGCUGGCUGGGGUGUUAGAUGAAGAAUCCUUGAAGCUUUACACACUUAUUUGGUCAAGAACAGUUUCAUGUCAGAUGGAACCAGCUAUUCUUGAGAAGAUACAAGUCGAUAUUGGAAAUGCUGACCAGUCUAUCAUGUUACGGUCUACUAGCUCAAGGGUUGAGUUUCCUGGAUAUCAGGCAGUUUUCACGGAUAUUGUCACUGAAGCUGGACAAGAUAGAGACAGUGAUGGAUCCAAUCACGAUCUAGCUUUUGAGGUUCUAAAUUCCUUAAAGACAGAGGAUCCGUUACAUCUUGUUGAAACUGAGGUGAGUCAGCACCAUACACAACCGCCACCACGUUACUCCGAAUCAUCAUUGGUUAAGAAGCUUGAAGAGCUUGGGAUUGGAAGACCUUCAACAUAUGCAAGCACAUUAAGAGUUUUACAGGAUAGAAACUACGUGACAGUAAAAAGUCGUGUUCUGUCUCCAGAAUUUCGUGGUCGUAUGGUUUCAGCUUUUCUGUCGCAUCAUUUUUCAGAGGUCACAGACUACAGUUUCACCGCCGAUAUGGAAACUGAGCUUGAUAAUGUUUCUGCUGGACUAACCAAAUGGAAAGGCCUCCUUGGAGAUUAUUGGACGCGGUUUAAAUCAUAUUGUGAGCGUACUUCUAAUGUUCAUAUUCACCAGGUUGAGAAGAUGUUAGAAAAAAAAUUUGCGGAUUACUUAUUUGGUUCUCUCCCAGAUAAGAGCCGGGUGUGCCCAAGUUGUACGGAAGGAACACUUAUAUUUAAAGUAAGUAGAUUUGGUGCUGGCUACUUUAUAGGCUGUGAUCAACAUCCGAGGUGCAAGUAUAUUGCUAAAACAUUAUAUAGCAGUGAUGAUGAUGAUGAGGAAGAUACACCUCAGCAAAACACUACGAUAGAGGAACCAAAACUCCUAGGUUUUAAUAGUGGUUCAAAUGAAAAGAUUCUUCUGAAAAGUGGUCCUUAUGGAAUCUAUGUUCAGCUUGGAGAAGACAGGAAGGGAUACACACCUAAAAGAGCCUCUGUUCCUCAUGUAAAGGAUGUGGACUCUAUCACCCUCGAAGACGCACUUGUGUUGCUACAAUAUCCAUUGACAUUGGGUAAGCAUCCUAAGGAUGGACAUCCUGUCAUAUUAAAGGUUGCAAAGGAUGGCUAUUCUAUUAGAUAUCGACCCAAAAUUGCUCUUGUUCCUAAGAAUACGAAGCCAAAUGAAAUCACCUUGGAAAAGGCCCUUGAACUUUUAUCAGGUAAUAAUGUGAGAAGUGUUGGUCGGCCCAAAGGCAAAGCUAAAGUUGAAGAUGAUGAAGCUAUUGAAGUUUUCUAAGAUUUUGACCUGGGUACUUAGCAUGAAUGCUGCAGAGUUUUCACCUGAUUAACAUUAACUUAUGCAAUAAGCAAUUACGUAAGUUCGACGAUUAUGCGACCAAGAGUUGCAACUCCCAUUCCCAGAUGAGUCAGGGAAGAUUUUUUUAGAGUCAAAUGAAGAUUCUUCGAUGGAUCCAAAUGUAUACCAGUAGUUGUUCAUCAAUUUUGUGUAUAUAGGCUGGCCAAUACGAUUUAUUUGAUAGAAGUAUAAUUGUCCCCUUUUUUUUUUGACAGUAUAAUUGUCCCUUUAUUGUACCGAAUGUUGACUUAAUUUAUUAAGCCCUGAAAGCUGAUAUUUUGUUUGGCCAAAGGGUUGAUAUUCUUUUA